AUGGAUACUUUAAUCGUUAGAAUGCGAGCUCAUCAACGACUAUUAAGUAUGGCUAAUACUUCUGGAAAUAUAUCUUCACUCGAAACUACAACAUUAGGAUUUGCUGGUUAUCGCCCCAAUAAUGCGAGUCUUCAAUCAACGUCCUCUGCUCCUCAUGUUGGUGCAACUUCAGCUUUCGGCCCUUCACCAUAUUUAACUGGUCAUUUUGCAAAUGGUUAUCAGCCUACUCCAGAUUUUCAAAAUUACGUCGCAAAUGGACCUCCUACAGCCGGAUGGUAUGGUGCUCAUGAUCCUCGAUUGAGUAAGUUAAAUUUUUAUGCUACUUUCCAGUGA